AUGGGAAUGAAUACCCAUCGCCGACUUCUACAAACAGAGUCGUCGUCGUCGUCGCCGCAGUCGUACACGGCGGAGUCUGAGGCGAACUUCGAUACCAACAUGGUAAUAAUCCUAUCGGCCUUACUCUGUUCAUUGAUAUUCGCUCUGGGAUUAAACUCCAUCGUCCGGUGCACACUCCGAUGCCGUCGCAGGCUGGCUGGACAGACGGCGGCGCAGGAGCAAAGGGGUAUUGCCGGAAUCAAGAAACGGGUGUUGAGACAGAUUCCUGUGGCGGUUUACGGAAAAGAAGUGAGUUUUCCGGCCACUGAUUGUCCAAUCUGUUUAGGAGAGUUCGUUGAUGGUGAGAGAAUUCGAAUCUUGCCCGGUUGUAAUCACGAGUUUCAUAUGAAAUGUAUAGAUAGAUGGCUUUUGACCAAUUCAUCAUGUCCCAAUUGUCGGCAGCCGUUGGUUGCCCGGCCGGAGGUGAUGAUGAUGAUGAUCAGUUCACGUGAGAGAGAUGAGCCUGUAUAA